GAGGGGGCCCCUCCCUCGCACCUCCCCCCCCCCCCCCCGACUUGGUCGCGCCCGAAGUGUAACACUUUCUCUUUGUCGGAGGAGCUCUUCUCUUGUUUCCUGUGCUGUGGCUCCGGUUGCAGCGGCGGCGCCGGUGGCAGCCCUGGCGGACGCGGGAGCGAUGGCAGCGGCCGACAUAGCUCGCCAGGUGGGUGAAGGUUGCCGAACUGUCCCCCUGGCUGGACAUGUGGGGUUUGACAGCUUGCCUGACCAGCUGGUGAAUAAGUCAGUCAGCCAGGGCUUCUGCUUCAACAUCCUGUGCGUGGGAGAGACGGGUUUGGGCAAGUCCACCCUCAUGGACACUCUGUUCAACACCAAGUUUGAGGGGGAGCCAGCCACUCACACACAGCCGGGUGUCCAGCUCAGAUCCAAUACCUAUGACCUUCAAGAGAGCAAUGUGGGGCUGAAGCUCACGAUUGUUAGCACAGUGGGCUUUGGGGACCAGAUCAACAAGGAAGACAGCUACAAGCCCAUUGUUGAAUUCAUUGAUGCACAAUUUGAGGCCUACCUGCAGGAAGAGUUAAAGAUCCGAAGAGUGCUGCACACCUACCAUGACUCCCGAAUCCACGCGUGCUUGUACUUCAUCGCCCCCACAGGUCAUUCACUGAAGUCCCUGGAUCUAGUGACAAUGAAGAAGCUGGACAGUAAGGUGAACAUCAUCCCCAUCAUUGCCAAAUCAGAUGCCAUUUCUAAGAGUGAACUCACAAAGUUCAAAAUCAAAAUCACCAGUGAACUUGUCAGCAACGGAGUCCAGAUCUAUCAGUUCCCCACAGAUGAUGAGUCGGUGGCUGAGAUCAAUGGAACUAUGAAUGCUCACUUGCCAUUCGCUGUCAUUGGCAGCACAGAAGAACUGAAGAUAGGCAAUAAGAUGAUGAAAGCCCGUCAGUAUCCUUGGGGGACGGUGCAGGUUGAAAAUGAGGCCCACUGCGACUUUGUGAAGCUGCGGGAGAUGCUGAUUCGGGUUAACAUGGAGGAUCUGCGGGAACAGACCCACACUCGGCACUAUGAGCUGUACCGCCGCUGUAAGCUGGAGGAGAUGGGCUUCAAGGACACCGAUCCUGACAGCAAACCCUUCAGCUUACAGGAGACCUAUGAAGCCAAACGAAACGAAUUCCUAGGGGAGCUCCAGAAGAAAGAAGAAGAAAUGAGGCAGAUGUUUGUUCAGAGAGUCAAAGAAAAAGAAGCAGAGCUCAAAGAGGCAGAGAAAGAGCUCCAUGAGAAAUUUGACCGUCUGAAGAAACUGCACCAGGAUGAGAAGAAGAAGCUGGAAGAUAAGAAGAAGUCCCUGGAUGAUGAAGUGAAUGCUUUCAAACAGAGAAAGACUGCAGCUGAGCUACUUCAGACCCAGGGUUCCCAGGCUGGGGGCUCACAGACUCUGAAAAGAGACAAAGAGAAGAAGAACUUUUUUUAAUCUUGUCUUCAGCAGCUGCACUAAAUCUAAAGGAGAAGACUGCCAUGAUAGAAGAGUUAGGGUUCCAUAUGGUCUCAAACCAGAAAUCAACCAGUUAUCUCUCCUCCCCCAACUGCACACGUAUACACUCACACCACAUGCAACAAGGGUUCUUGUAUCCCCGUGUCCUGGCAAGAAGCUCUCUUCUGAUUUACAUGGUAUUUUCAGUGGAAGUGUCUUGUUCUAAACUAACAAGGCAGGAAAAGAAUCACCAGAGCUGGAAAAUGGAUCAGAUGGUAACCUCAGAGAGAAAACUGCAAUACCACUCACUCGAGUGUAAGUGAUUGGGACAGGAGACCUCCGCUGUGGGAGUGGAUGUGCUCCUUGUAAGGUUUUGAGUGUGAAGUUUUUCUUUUGAAACAAUUCUUUAGUUCAGAGGGCUGACUGUUGCCAGCCACUAUUAAACACUUCUGAAAUAGGCAACAGAAAAAUUGCAUCUUCAACAUUCAUAAACCUCCUUCAGACCCUAGCAAGGGAGAAAAUAAUGGGGUCUACUCUCUUAACCGUUCAGGUGGAAAGAGACAUUGAUAGAGACACUGGGAUUGAGGUUAGUUAAGAACAAAAUGACUCCAUUCGAAUUUCCAAGGCCAUGUGGAAUUUUGGGGCGAAGUUUCUGGUUCAGCUUUGGGAUCUGGAGAGAGAGCUUUCAUAUUGAUCAAUCUACCUUGAAUUCAUUGGCUAAACUUGCAUCAAAAUACCAUGUGAGUGUGUUCAUUCCAGUAUGUCCCGACCAACAUCAAUACCAUUCUGCUGUUCAGUGUCUCUUGAGAGAGCCUCUUUGCAUGUUUUCCAGAACCUGUGUUUGUUUUUCCUGUCUUCUCUGUUCUUUUUGCUCAAAGGUGUGACCAGUCAUUGGCCCUUUGAAGCUUUGAUUUUUCCAAGAAAAACAUCCCAGAACCAGCACUGUUUAGCUUAAUACCUUUCUAAUGUCCAUGUUAAUUUUCAAUAAAAUUCAAAGAAAUGC